AUGCCUAAUAACGAUUCUGCCCCUCUCUACCCCGCUUACCUCCCUGUCCGUCCGGAAGGGUUCACUCCAACUCUGAGGGUUCCACUCCAGGAUAUUCCCGAAGCAGGAUGUCGCGCAGAUCCCUCCUUACCAGAUAUCUAUACUAAAGACAGCCAGCUUAAGAACAUAACCCCACGUAUUGGAACGGAAAUACGAGGAGUGCAGCUCAGUCAAUUAAGUACGGAAGGCUUGGAUCAGCUAGCACUGUUGGCUGCUCAGAGAGGCGUACUCGUUUUUAGAGACCAAGAUUUUGCCAACAUUGGGACAGGCCGACAGCGGGAUAUCGCAGCUCAUUAUGGACCCCUCCAUCAGCAUCCGACAAUGGGAUACCCACAAGGAACCAGUCCUGAGUUUCAGGUCGUGUACGCAGAUGAAAAAGUUGGAAAUCUUCGCACUUUGCUUGGAAGACGUACAAGCUAUGAUCUUUGGCACAUCGACCAGACAUUCACGCCCAAUACACCCGGAGUAACAUUCUUCUGGGUUCUUGAGACACCUGCGUCUGGCGGCGGAGAUACCGCAUUCACAUCACUGACAGCCGCCUAUCAAGCGCUCUCGUCCACGUUUCGUGAAGGUCUACAUCCGUUGAAACUCCUACACACCAGUGCCAGUGUGGGGGAGGUUGCGCGUAUUGGGCAGGAAAGAGCACUGAAGGAGGCAGUACAAACUGAACAUCCGCUUGUUAUCGAGCAUCCUGUCACCCAUGAGUCUGCGUUAUUUGUGAACCCGACCAUUGCAAGACAGGUCGUUGGGUACAAGCCAGAGGAGUCGGAAAACCUACUAACAUUUUUGCAUAAUCAUAUUCGGUCAUUGGAUUUCAGUUGUCGGGUUUCAUGGGAGAAAGGGACUGUUGUCGUAUGGGAUCAAAGAGCAGUUGCACACUCAGCUGUGCCAGACUUCGAGGAUGGUGACCGCCGGCAUAUGUUUACCGGAUUUCGAACUUAUACCAUGACGUCUGACACGGAUUCCGAUCAUGACCUUGGCCAUGUCGAACAUGAGAAAGACGACGGAGUCCCCGAAAAGCUCACUCCAGGAAGAGGAAAAAUGUGGCUCCAAAAGAUCCUCAAGCUUGAGACUCAUAGUGAAUGGUUUGAGUGGCUAAGGAGUCCAUUAGUUGCCCCCUGGUGGAAAGAGCUAUAUAGCGACUGUCUAUCCAGGCCAAAGUCAGGAAAGCCCGCCAGAGUCCGUUACAAAGUGGUGUUAGAAAGGCUAGCUCGCGGGGAGGCAAACGGACAAACGAGAUAUAGCGCGCGAUUUCCUGAGAAGGAUGAAUGGGACCUUGCUGACCAUCUAGCACGCUUUGUGUGUAUGGUUAAGACUGAGAACUUUAGGUCUAAUCAGGGCGUUUUCUUCAGGCAAAACUUUCCCGAGUCAUCCAUGGAAGCCAUCGCCUGCGCCCUUCUGAGCUACUUGAGGAGCACCAAUGGAAAUUCUAUAUUAGGCAAGCGUCCAUAUUAUAAGAUGUCCAAAGAAGGGCCGUUAUCUUGCGUGGAUCUAGAAGCAGACGGGCAGGAAUCGGAUCAGCUAAGCGCCGAAGAGCCUGAGCUGAUAGAUAUUAUGAUAGAUAAGUGGCGCGAGGAGAUGCUUCAUCCAAGAGAGCGGAUUGUCUUGACCAGAUGUUCUCCAGAUUACAAUCCACAGGAAAAGUACUGGCAGUUCCAACUAAUUUCCGAAGCCCUAAAGAGAGCUGAGACGCCGUCUGUGGAUGAGCAGAUUGAAAAUUUAGGAGAGCUACUAACCAACCAGAACGCCACUUGGGAACCUACUCUGGACCAUUCUGUUGAUGGUUUAGAUCCGUUAGUGAACAGCCAGACUGAUCAUUUUGAUCCAGUGAAAAUAGAAAAGACGGCAGACCUAGAAGCAAGUAUGGCUGCAGAGAUUGACACGAGUGACUUUGAGUCCUCCAUGUUGAUCAUUCCAACAGAAGAAUCAUUGGAGCAAUUUGAAAAGCAUCGAAAGAUUCUAGACAAUCCCGAAUAUCAGGUAGACAAUCAUGAACAGGCCUGUCAGAUUCUCAAAUUCGCAAAUCCUAGGGCACCACGAAUGAGAUCCAUGAACCGAUCAGCUGUUCUAAAGUUCUGGCAGCCGGUUGCCAUAGCCCGUUUGCUUGAUAUUCGUGCAAAUACUAAGGUUCGAGGUGCUAUCCUUGGUGACUCUGUGGGGCUAGGAAAGACGUGGGAGGCUAUUGCCGUAAUGCUCAAGAUAUGGGAAGAUUAUAACCAAUCUGUUAAACAGGCAAUGAGUGAAGGAAAGGGACUCCCGGCAGGUAAACCAUUUUUGGUCGUCUUGCCUCCGUCACUCAUCAUGCAAUGGUGUGCAGAGAUCACUCGGGUUACAGACAAACUGCGAGUUGUGUUGUAUUAUGGCAACAAGUCAUCUAAAGAGGGCAUACAGUCACUGAAUACUAUACUGCAUAAAGAACAUGAGCUGUUUGAUGGUUCACCAGUCAAUGGUCGGACAGUGGUUAUUACUUCUUAUCAAACACUGAGCAACCGCCAUGGGCCCGCCGCCGUGAAGGUAUGGUGUAGAAAAACAGGUCAGAAGUAUAUGGAGGAUAAACCAACUUCACCACGGGAUUUUCCGCAGCUCCUGGAAGGGUGCUUUUCAGAUGUGAUAAUUGAUGAGGGGCACACACUUCGAAAUUCGGAUACCUCACAGUCCAGGGUGGUCUACUGGUUAAAGGCGAACUUCUAUCUACUAUUGACUGCCACUCCUAUUUACAACUCUCGUGAAGACAUGCGCGGAUAUAUCCCACUACUGUUUAAGCCACCCUCUCAAGCGGAUAAGGAUACGUUGAAGAAGUUAGGGAGAGACAUUUUCAAACUGCCCUCUGAGAACCCUGCAAGAUACGUUUGCUGCACGAAAGAGGCAGUGGAAGAUUACAUUCUUGACCAUAAAGUGCCUCCAAUGGAGGCAGGGGAGCGCUUACGUGUCAUAUUUGGCCAGAUCAUGGUUAGAAGAACAUUAACAUCUCGUUUGGAGUCAUUCGGUUCAAGGAUGAUAGGGAGCGAUAUACCGCCAACCCAUCGCAGACUCUGCACUGUGGUAUACAGCCAAGAGGAGCAGGAUAUGUAUGCUAGACUUUCUGCUAUUUAUGUCGAUGGACUUUUCAUGAGGCAUCCGAAGGAUCCCGCUAAAGUAGUUUGGAACAUGUCUAAACUUCGCAAGCUUUGUCUUUUAACCUCAUGGCUAGGUUUCGAAUAUCUCGAGCAUACGCUCUACGCACCCAAUAUACCUAUGGCCUGCAGGAAAUUGAAAGAGGGGACUCUUGGAACUAUCUUCGCACGAGCCAUAGUGGGGCAACUGAAUACUCAACCCCAAAAGUCUAUCUACCAGAGCAUCGAAUCGAUAGUUGAUGCACGGAGAACUUGGGUUCUUGAAUUUCUCCUAAAGGGUUCGCCCAAAAUGAGGGCUAUGCUUCCCGUCUUGCGUGAUCAGGUAAUUGUUCAUGGCGAAAAGGCAAUGGUUUGGACCCAGUUUCCUGCUGAGCAGAUCUAUGUUGCAGCCAUUCUCAAAGAGGCCCAUAUUGAUGCGGAGGUUUUCCAUGCUGGACUGACUCGUGAUGAGAGGAUGGCCCUCGUCGAGCGGUUUACACAGAAACACGAUGAAUGCAUGGUAUUGAUAUCUGCAUAUAAUGUCAAUGCUGCUGGCAUUAAUCUACAAAAUCUCUGCCGCAACGUUCAUCUCCUCUCGGUAGGCUUGUCCAAGUCGGUAGUUAACCAGGCUAUUGGAAGAGUAAGUCGACUCGGCCAGGAGCGUAUGACAUUCGUCUAUGAGUAUCGACUUCAGUCCUCCUUUGACCAAGAACUUGUUUCCCGCAGUGAAUGGAAAGCCCUUCCCGGUUUAGUCGCAGACCUUGGUGAGGGUUUCAAUUUCCCUUCAAUUUCGAAAGGUGCAAAAGGCCUACUCAACCGAUGGGUGCUACGAGCUGGAGAGUUGUAUCAACUUGCAUCUGGCGAGCCUGUGAGAAAGGAAGACAUCACGGAGAGUAGGUUUAUUCUCCAGAAGUUAAUGAGAUCUAUGGAAGACACUAUCUAG